GCUUCAGCAAAACGUGAGUACCUCGUCACCUCAUCUCACCUUACCUACAACCCUCACAUCUCCGCCUUUCACCUCAAACCACCCUCCCAAAAUGUCCCUCUGCAAAUCCUGCCACCAACCCUUAAUCCUCCAAUUCGAGCCCGACUCAGAAGACGAGUCCCUCGCCCCCCCUGCAGACCAACCCCCCAUCCCCGACGACCUCCACCUCCCUUGCCAAUGCCACUUCCACUGGCAAUGCCUCCUCGACCUCUCCUCGACCGUCGCCCUCACCCUCAGCUGCCCCUCCUGCACCACCUACCUCCCCUCCAACCCCCCCACCGGAUCUGGUUCCGCCUCAGGCUCCUCCACCAACCCCUUCCUCCCCACCUCCCAAGCCGCCCAAAUCCUCACAACCUACACCAACGAAGGCGGCGUCCAAGAACACCUCAACAUCCUCCCCCACCUAACCGAAGAAGCCUACCUCUCCGCCAACCCCCAGUUCCGCCCCGCCAAAGCCCUCCACACCCUCACCAGCGAGGGGGACACGGCCGGCAUUCUUGAGUUGUUGGCUGAUGUCGACGCUGACGAGGACAUCACCCUUUCUCUGCCUCAGCUUCUCUGCUGGCAGGACCUUUUGAACGAGUCCAAGACUGCGAUGCACCUCGCUCUUGAGAACGAGCAGGAGGAGGUGUUUUGGCUGCUUUUGUGGCUCGAGAGCGGGGUUCACACUUCUGUUUUUCCAGAGCAGGUGGUGCAGAGUUGUGAGGGUGUGGGCCUGCCGAGACGGGGGACCGUUCCCCAGGAGGAGGAUGUCAGGUUUAUCAAGGAUGGGAAGGGGAGGACGGCGGGGGAUUUGUGCCGGGAGUUGGGGGGCGCGUGGGGGAGUUAUGCGGAGAUGUUGGGGAUGAUUUGA